UACUUCUUCAAAUCAACACUAUAUCCGACUCUUUAAAUACCUUUUAAAUCUUUAUCGUCCUUGUUCAAUAAUUAUAUUUGUUUGUUCAGAUCGGCCGGUAUCAUGGGCGCUCCUGGCUCCAUCAGUGAGUCCACAUCGAGAUCCCUCUGGAUCUUCGAACCCCGGUCUUAGGCUUUACAAGUUUGACACUAAUACUGGAAAGGUGCUAGAUUACACCCAAUAUUACCUGGACCUCGCCACUGCCAACCGCAACGUGGGCGCGGCGGAGUGGACGGCCGAGUACAACCUGACGCAGUACUACGGCCUGCAUGAGGUGUCGCCUAUAUCACUUCACAAUCUCGCAGACAAACUUCGAAUAGGCACGCCGUAUGAAACUACUAUGUUUAAUAAGUACUUACGGGCGUACAACGCGCGCCACGACAGCAGUGACGCGUGCGACGGCGCGUGCGCACACCAACACUUCUGUGCCAUUACCUGUUUGGAGCAUUUAGCCUACAGGCAGUGCGUGGAAGCGGCCGCUAGCGCGCUCGCCGCCGCCGGUAAAUCGUCCCCGCUUGUCGCUCCACUCAUGAAUACGUUAGUCAUCUUAUUUAUCGUUGUUAUGUUCGUUUAAGUGUUUGAGCUAGUUGUCUAGAAGGCGGUGGCGUCACGGUGGACAUAAUAUUUCGUGAAAAGUUACAGAAACAUAAAUAUGAUUUUCUAAGGAGUGUUUGAAUCUAAAGAUUGUCAAGUCUUGACUUCUCUUAUAUUAUGUCCACUAAGUAACGUGACCAGUUCUAGGAAUUCCAAGUAAAAAUAUUUUCGCUUGUUUUUUGUACAUAUUUAAAAUAAAUCUGUAUUUCGAAACAUUCUACACUAACAUUUGAAAACGGAAUCAAAUUAUAACGUAAAAUAAAAAAGGUUUUCGUCCAUCCAGAGUUAUUCAAAUGAAAUUAACUAAAAAACAAACCGGAACGGAGCUGAAAGCAAAACUAGAAACAUUUUACAAAACCCAUCGGUCACGCGCGCACGCGGUCGCGCCGCGUUUUUUGAAUUCUACUACAUCUAUGUGGGAUUGUUUGGGAAUCCCUAAAUCCCACCGCAUCACGCAUAUUUUCUAUCGCUUUUCAUGUUAGUUUCGUUACAAAUUACAGAAUAUUUUGUUUUACAAUUAUUAUCAGGAAUUUUAUUUGCUAUGUGGAAUUAGGGUACAUAACAUAUGCCUUAAUCAAGUUAUCCUGCGAAAUGCAGUCAACUGUACAAUGUUUAGAAUUAUAUAACAAAUCAAAUAACUGAUUCCUUAUUAACCACGGAGCCUCAAAGCUGCAAAUAUAUCACCAGAGAUUCUCGUUUAUCGAGCAUUCAAAAACACAAAGGUUGCGCAAAUAUAAAGGCAUCUUAACCACGGCCCUAGAUAAGUAAAACUAUAAGAAGAGAAUAAAAGCGUUUGCAACUUGACUAAGGCCUUCAUCAAUUUAUAAUCCAUUCACGGAAAAGUCAUUGACUCGUAAAUCUGUAAUAAAGGUCUUGAAAUUACAAUUCCAUACUUACAUUACGAUGUU